AUGUCUAAGGACGAUACUUGCAAAGUGACGUCUGCCAGCAAACACAAGGAGCGCAAGCCUAAGAAGCCUCACUAUAUUCCCCGGCCAUGGGGAAAACCCUACAACUACAAAUGCUUCCAGUGCCCCUUUACCUGCAUGGAGAAGUCCCACCUGUACAACCAUAUGAAGUACAGCCUGUGCAAGAACUCCCUUUCUUUGUUAAUUGAGUCAGACUGGCCGUAUAAAAAGGGCAACAUCCUGCACCCAGAACAGCUACGACCCUUUCAGCAGGCACAUGGCCAUCAAGCUACCGGGAAAGACGGAUUAGAGCAGGUGACACGGACUGAGGAGGGACAAAGGCAACGAAGGGCCAUUGAGGAGGAAGGGGAAGACAGGAACAGCCAGGGACCAGAAGAUGAAGAAGAGGGAGGGCAAGGAGAGCGACCAGAGUGCGCUACCAGGAAAAUCAAACAGCCAGAGUCCGAGCUUCUGAUGGCUGACAUGCUCUCCCUGGAAGAUCAGCUUUUACGAGCACGCUCAGUAGAAGUAGAGGCCCAACUGAAACAGUAUAAGCUAUCAAAGACAUAUCUGACAGCUCCUAGUCUGCUGUCGGAGCAGUGGCGGCUGUUGGCUUCCAGCCACUCUAAGGCAAAAGCUGAAGGUGCUCAGCCCAGAGUGAGUAGUUCAAUCCCCUGUUACCCUCCUCCGCCAAACCUGCUGGAUUACCAGGAUCCCACUGGACUCAACUUGUCACUGCUCGGGGUGGGCUACCCCAUCAGCCCCAGCCUCUUCUCCUACAUGAACUCAGCUAUUCCCACUGCUGCCGCGGGUGUCACCGCCCAGACCCACGCGCAGCUCGCCCAGCUUCCCUUCCUGGCGUCGGCCGCUCAGCUGAUGCACCCAGCCUCCAGCACCCACACAGACAGAGCUCUUAUCCCACCUCGCCUCUACUACCCCUUUCUGUGUGAGCAUACGUUUGGACCGGCCUCCAGUCAAACCGAUGCCAGCAAAGCGCUCAAGACGUCCCCAAACAGCCUAGAGGUGAAUACUCUGUCCGGCUUCCAGCCUAAAGUCAAUCUGUGGAAAGUGCCUGCUUUGCGGCCAGGGACCGCUGCAGUCUCCCCUGCUGGCUGGGUGUCACCUCAGAGAGACGCCCCCGAACAGGGCUACAGGCUGGGGGAUAAAAUGCAGGCUAUAGCCAAGGAAGGCAAAGCAAGCUGGGGCCUUAAGAGGACAGGUGCUCCUCUGGGGAACCAGGAGGUACCCGUUGAGAAGAAGCCGACCAUGGGAGGUUUCAGUUUGGACCUUUUGAAGAAUAUCCAGACUGCAUCAACUCUUAAUAUGGCAGCAGACAGAGUUCUCUUCCAUGGAAGCUUACAGGAUGCUCAGCUUCAAACCCGGCCCACUGAACUGUGGUACAACGACCCUCUCGCCAGUCCCAACAGUGAAACAUCCUCUCUUUCUACCUGUGGGGGACCCAACAGCCAUGACCCGACCGCUGCCCGGACAACGGGGGAGGGAACUUCAGAGUCAGUGGCUGCUCUCCUCGGUGACCUCUCCAAGGCCUUGCAGGAGUACCAGGAGGCUGAGCGCAAAAUCUCCCACCUGGAGAAGGAAGACCUUCCCGCUCAGCGCCACCUCUGGGAACACCUGAGCAAAAUCCGCAGCGAACUCUCGCACAUCCACCAGGCGCUGGAGCAGACAGCCCGCCAGAGCGACGGCCCUCUCGACCUGUCAGUUAAAAGGGACACAACAGAUUUGCUUAGUGACCGUGGUUUGAGAGAGGACGGCAGUCUCAAAGACAACACGACAGAGACAGAGGAGGAGGACGAGGAGCUGGAGGAGAAAAAGGAGGAAGAAGAGAAUGAGAGUCGAAAGCAGUCGUUGGACAUGCUGAUCAAGAUGAGUCAGGCAUCGGUGAUGAACGCAGAGGUUCUAUCUACCGGCGGUCUCGGCAUGAGGCCCAGUUCUGCUGAGGCCUUAUGGCCGAGCAGAACCACCAAAUGUGAGGCAGACUCCAGCGUCCUGCUUUGCCCAGAUGGUAGAUCAGUGGUUUUCACCGACAUCCCUUCCUCUGCCAAAACCCCAAAGAGACCUCCGUCCAUGCAGCAACUAGAGGCCCAGUGUCCUCCGAGCCCUUUGACAGCUACUGACAAUUAA